UAUAUUUUUUCACAUUAAGUGAAUAUUCCGCUACUGAAUCUAAUAACAAUCACAUGCAAUUUGGGAGUGUUUUAUCGGUUACUCGCUAAUUAUAAUGAUAUGGGAAAAUCAGCUUCAAUGUUUACCUAAAAAACUGCCUUUUUAAAUCAUUGUUACUUUGCUCACUAUACAUAAUUUGUACCACUUCUACCGUUGUUUAUUCCCAAAAUUUAUUUUUUUAUGUUUACAACUCUGCAAACUUUUGUUAUGUCACCUCAAUCAAUUGUGUCAUUACUGUCAUCAACUGUCUAUAGCACGUUGUUGAACCGAUUUGUGUAUAGUUUUCAAAUAUUUUGGAAAUAUUAAUUUCAUGCUGAAUUAAACUAAGUAUUUGCUUGAAAAAUAUAUGUUAAGAGAUAACUAAUUAAUUAUAGCUAUUUGAGUAAAAAAUUAUUAAACAUGAGUUGCAAAAAAUGUGAUUCUCCUAAGACUGUGAUUUUGAGAAAAAAGGAUUAUUAUUGUGAUGAUUGUUUUAUGUUAAGCACUAAUCAUAAGUUCCGUGCAUGUCUUGGAAAAAAUAAGGUUAUAACUCCGAAUGAAAAUGUAAUGAUUGGGCUCUCAGGGGGUGUGGGCUCCACAGUUUUAGCAGAUUUAGUGCACCAUGCUAUAUCCCUAGAAAACACUAAAAAACUGCGAAUAACUCCAUACUUUUUACAUUUAUAUGAUGAUGAUAGCAAAUGCUUGGCAGAAUCUCUAAUCAGACAAUGUGAGAGGUAUAACUUUGAUGUUUAUGUGGUACACCUUGCUGUGUAUAUGAAUUCUAAUUAUGAAUUACCUCAAGCAAACACUUUACAAGAUUGUAAUGACAUUGAAAGGCAAGCCUUUAAGGAUAUGAUGAACAGCAUGCCCCCAUCAGCAGCUAAUGAUUAUUUACUCAAAAUAAAACGCAAUCUCUUAGUUGAGUUUGCAAAGAAAUUGAACUGCAGUGUUAUUUUCACUGCAGAAACUACAAACACUUUAGCAGUUAACUUAUUAUCUAAUUUGGCUAUUGGCAGAGGAUCCCAAGUGCAAUAUGACAUUGGAUUUUGUGAUAAUCGCGAUGACAAAGUUAAAAUCAUAAGACCCAUAAAAGACAUCAGCACUGAGGAAUUGAAUCACUAUAUCUCCAUAAAGCAGUUGACUCCAGUAAAUGACAGUCAUAUCAAGAGUAAUAGCUUACAGUCAGUAAUAUCUUCAUUUGUAUCUGAACUUCAAGAUAACUUUCAAGCCACAAUAUCUACAGUUUGCAAAACUGCUGAUAAAAUUGGAAUUGAGAAGGAAUCCAAUACAAGUGAAAAAUGCUUAAUAUGUGAGAGUGAUCUUGAUGUGAAGAGCAUGAAACUAUCGGCAUUUGAAGCAACAAACGUAUCGAGAAUUGUUUCCCUUGAAAAUAAUCUGCCUAAUCCAACAUUCGAAAAGACGUCAGAUAUCGUACAUAGCCUGGAAAAUAAUACCAAUACUUCAGUUUUCCCACUCAUCAAUAAAUAUCUUUGUUAUGGUUGCAGCAGGAACCAUUCAGAAAUGAAUCUACAUAAAUUACCACACCACUUACAAAAAGCUUUAAGUGCAGAAUAAUGAAAGAAAAUUAAUGUGUUAUGUACUUUGUAAUAUAAAUAGAAACAACAUCAUGUGAAAAUUGUUUCAAAUUCUUGUGCUGAUUAUUUAAUAGAUGUUAUUAUACAAUAAAUAUAUUUUUAUCAUAACAUA